UUUGACAUAACGAUUUUCCGAUUUGUUUAUAAAAACGUCAAGUCAGUUCAGUGAAUAAAAUCUCCUUUGAUAUUUCUUCUUUAAUGAUAAAAUACUGAAUAAUUUUCAUUGCUACCGAAAAAUACUAUCAAAAUAGUAGAUAUUCCUGACCUUAACUGAUUUGUUUAAAUUAUAUCUAAAUAUUUUCUCUCAUCUGUAUUUAUAGUUUUAAAAGACAAGAUAUCGUUCUUAAAUUGUUUAUUUACCAUUAGCCGGUACUUAUGAAUUAUACAAUAGCAUUUUUUAAAAUUCGUUGCAAAUAAUUUGCUUAAUGAAUAUGUUUUAAAACAUGAAUAAAUAUAAAGAAAACCUUGCCGAAAUGUGUGAUUCAGAGCUAGUUGUUGAUCAAUUAAUAAGCCAAAAUGAGCAUUCAUUUCUGCCUAUCCCAGAUUUCGAAUGUGAUCCACAACUUGUGAUAUCUAAAGUGCGGAAGCAUUACAUGGAAUAUUUAAUUAAACUGCUGUCUGUGAAUUAUGAAACCAAUCAGAAGUUACACAAAAAUAUCUACCUACCCAGUGCUAUAUGGAGAUGUGCUAAAAACAUAGAAACAACCGCUGCACAAACUUGCAUGGUGGUACAACUGUACAGAAAAUAUAUUACGUCUGCAAUUAAAGAGUUGAAAAAUGAUACUAAAAAAGGUAAACUAAAUAAAAAUCUUUAUGACUACCUGCACAGUCCACCACAAAAUGAAAAAAAAAUACAAACAGACUUCAGUGCAAUAGAUAAAUGCAGUUGCGAAUGUAAUUGCCACCUACAUAGAAAGCGUCGCAAAACAUCGCAGUUUUCUGAGGUACUAGAAGUUAUGCAGACAGAUACUCCUAAGAUUGUGAAAAAUGAUGAAUUACCCAUCACUGUGUGCAAUGAGGUGAAUAAAAUACCUGUUUUAAUAAAUUCACAAAUUGAACCACCACAAAUUAUACAAAACGCUGUGGAUACAGCAAAUAAUCAAAAAGAAUUAAAUACAAACCAGUCUAGUCCAUCCAAGAGGUCUGUCAGAAUGUCUGUGGAAUUACAAGAAUCAGAUGAAUUAAUGCUUCAAUUGGAAAAACUAUUUCACAGUGAUCCGAAUGAUGAUGAUUUGUAUGAUACCGCUCUAUGCAGUACUGAGAAUAUCAUCGCAACAGAAGAUAUAAUUAAAACGGCCCAAAAUGAUAAUGCAGACACUGCAAUUCCCAAUGUAAACCCUUCAAUAAUUGAGAGUCAUAGUAUUCAAAUCAAGUCUUUAGAUGAAAGGCUGGCAUCACUGACUGGGUUGCUGACAAACAAUGCUGAAACAGUGACUGGGCAAGCAAAAGUUGAUGUACCAAAGACGAAGAAGUCGAGUUCCAGCAAAUGGUUAUGUGAAGAGUAUUUCUUAAAACAGCGUUUCCAUGAAAUGUUGGACGAAAUGGGAGACGCCAAUAGGAAAAAGCUUGCGCGGGUAAAAGAAAUAUUGUUGGUGUUAUUUGGCGAAGAUGAUGAUAACGACGCUAUUGUGUCGCCAUUUGAAGUAACUCCAGAACUUACAAUCAGUUGCAAGGAACGCAUAGCUCCUUGGGUUGUGAAGCUUCUGACUCCUUACUAUAUGAAGGGGCGUAUUCGAGGAAAAACCCUGUUCAAGGCGCUGGCCAAACAUCUUAUAAGAUUGAUCUAUCAAUGCAGCCGAUAUCCACAGCAUUAUGAAGUGCAAAGCUUUGUGUCAGACUUCUUGAAAAAUCAUAAGUUGAUACGUUGUGAAGCAGAUUUCAAGCAAUUCAGAAUUGAAAACAUUUAAAUAAUUAAUUAGGUAGGUACAUUACUACUGAAAUUAUACGUAUUUUUCAUGGUUUACUAGAUUGUAUACUGGAUAUAAUUUUGUUUGUUAAUUAAUAUGUAGGUACAUAGGUACCUAACCUAUCUAUUGAUUAUGUUACAAUGUAUCUUAUCAUAGUGUGGACCUUAAUUAGUCCAAUAGUAACACAAAUUUCCAGGUUUUAAACAAUAAAACAAUUUAGAACAAUAAAGAGACAAUGUUCCUGAGAUAGGUAUCUAUACCCAGUUGUUUAAUAUAUCGCGGGAAACGUGAAUCAACCGCUCUACUUCUUUUAAAAGCCUUUCUUUAGUGGGCAGGCUAAGUAAGAUAAGAUACUCUGUUACAUUUGUUACAAAUGAUGUUGAAAAAAUCUUGCCGUACAAGUUCGACUCGCAGGAGUAUUCCGUACCACCUCACAAUUUAUUGGCGUAGGUAGGUAUUUACCAAAUAGGUAUAUAGGUACGUAAUAUGGAUUUAUUAAUUCGGUUCAUCCUUAGCGCGAGUCCAAGUGACACUUGGCCGGUUUUUGUAGUGAUUCAUUUUAGACCAUGUUGUAGAUAAUGUUAAUAAACUUUUCGUGUGGGUCAGAAUGGUGGGCGAACUGUUGCAAGAAAAUAUGAAUAUGUUACAAAGGUACGAAAGCAAUAUACCUCAUUUUCAAUGUAGGUAAAUACCUCCGUGAAACGGUAGAAAUUAUAAUAUACCUAGUGAGCCGCGGUUCUGACGGUCUGAAUGGCGGCUGUAUGUUGAAAAUGAACGUAAUUGAUAAGAUACGGUUAUGUGAUAUUUACCAAAGCAAAUAAGUGGUGCAGUGGUUUGAGCGUUGGGCUCACGGUCCGGAGGGCCCGGGUUCAAAUCCCGGUGGGGACAUAUCACAAAAAUAACUUUAAUCCCUAGUUUGGCUAGGACAUUACAGGCUGAUCACCUGAUUGUCCGAAAGUAAGAUGAUCCGUGCUUUGGAAGGUACGUUAAGCUGUUGGUCCCGGUUACUACUAUGUAAGUAAGUAGUCGUUACAUGAGCCACGUCAGGGGCCUUUGGCGGCUCAAUAGUAACCCUGACAUCAGGGCUGAUGGGGUUGGUAAUCCACCUCACAACCCACACGAUAGAAGAAAAAUACCAAAGCAAUAUAAGUACAUUCAAUGUCCUUACAAAAUUGUAAUCUUAAUCAAAAUCUGUCCAGUAAUAAAAAAUCAACAAAACAAAUUGAGGCGCUUUCACACUAACGAUUUUUCUCAGCGAUUUCUAAUCAUUUACCCGUCGUCAUAGAAUAAGGAAUAAUAUGCCAUCGUUUAUCAAAAGUAACAAAACGAUACAGCAGUGUUAUUACUUUCACCAUAAUAAAUACAAUGUGCGAUGACGUGUUAUGGUUUCUUGUAGGUAAUUCGAUUACAUAGGUCAUGUUGCUGUAUCUUUUAAAUCGUUAGUGUGAAAGCGCCCAUACUAUAAAUUUGUUUUCUCGUUAAUUACUCGUCGUUCAUAUUUGCAACAAUACACACGCCAUUCUGACCCGCACAACUUUUCUUGUAGGUAUAUUAUAAUGAUUGCAGUGAGGACCCACCUUAAAUUUUGAUUGUCUUUAUAAGAAUGCAAGGUCUUUGAGAUGGACAAAUAGCAUAGGUUUAGUAAGGUCUACUAUUUGUGUUUUUUGUGAUUGUAGAUGAAUUAAUACUCAACAGUUAAUGAGAAGUAACCAUUUAAUCUACACAUUUAAUGUUAACAACACUGUAUGUCUUAAUGAAUACUAUAGAAAUGUUAUCUCUACAGUCUUAAAUAAAAAUAACACAAUUGUA